ACUCCAAGAUUUAUUGCUGCUGCCUUGAUCUGCGAAGAUAUCACUGCUUCCGCCAUGUCCUCAACUGGUGGUGGAUGGGCGCAACUGCGCCAGCAAGCGCGCACUCUCGAACAGCAAACAGAGACGCUAUUCCAUACCUACUCGCAGUUCGGAUCAACACCUAAUAUCCCUGCCAAACCAUCAGAAGAAGAGCUGCGGGUGGAGACUAGACUCCAAGAAGUCCUCGAGCAAAGAGAUGGCCUUGUUGGCCAGCUGUCACGGCUUCUUGACUCGGAAUCAACACACGGCAUUUCAGCAGUGAAGCAGAACAACCUUGCCAGGCAUCGUGAAGUACUCUCGGAUCACCGUCGUGAACUCGCUCGUUUGAAGUCCACCUUGAACGACGCCCGCAAUAGAGCCAACCUCCUCUCGAACGUACGAUCAGACAUCGAUGCAUAUCGAUCCGCAAAUCCAGAGCAAGCGGAAGCAGAUUACAUGCUUGACGAACGAAAUCGCAUCGACAACUCCCACAACGUAGCCGACUCGGUCCUCAGCCAGGCGUAUGCGGUCCAAGAAAACUUCAGUCUACAAAGAGAAACCAUAGCGAACAUCAACCGGAGGAUCGUGGGUGCUGCAAGCCAAGUGCCUGGUAUCAACAGUCUGAUUGGAAGGAUCGGGUCGAAGAAGAGGAGAGAUGGCAUCAUAUUGGGUACCUUCAUCGCAUUCUGCUUUUUGAUGUUGCUAUGGUUCAGGUGAUAUUCUUAUUUGGGUAUCUUAUAUUCGGCGUUUUGAGCGGGCGGUAUAUCCCCAUGACAUCCUAUGAGUUGGUUUUCGUACAAGGCAACUGAGAUGCCAUCAUGUACAAAUAUGUUACAAUGCUUUCUCCAGGUGAUGUGCUACUGCGCUUCGGCAAUCAUCUUCGCAAACCCUUUGUUCAUGUCCUCCAUCUCUGUCCCCUCCGCAUCUCCACUUCCCACCCAUCGAAUCUUACAGUCUUGGUCGACCAGGUAUACAUACCCAACCCGUCCAUUUAACAACCCAAUCGUCUCCCGUAUCCUUUCACUGACUCCCCUUCUAACCACAAAGUACCUCGCCCACUCCUCUUUGGGUUUGGAGGCCUUUAAUCGCCACCGGAACAGCGCUAUUAUCCAAGCCUUCAUUGUGUUUUCCUCGAUAUUGACGUCCACCAUCUGGGCGACACCAGGAUUCUGGGCCAAUAUCUGUUGAAGUUCUGGGUUUUGAAACUUUCCAGUGAAGGUCUCAGCUUGGGUCAAUCCCCACUGUGAACUGUAUACCUUCACUAUACUGACCUUUCCAGUCAGUGUAUUUGUAGUAUUCAUCCCCUUGGCUUCUAGUGUAUCUCCAUGGAAAUUGGGAAAGUACAACGCUAGGUCCUUCUUGAAUAUGCGGGGAUUGGCAAUAAAGGUCUUGCCAGAUCUAUAUUUCCGGAUAUUCUUGAAGUCACGGAAAUAGUUUGUCCCCCAUUUUUCUACCAAAUCUUUGCGCUUCUCGAGGUUUCGUUGUGACCAGGUCAUGCCAGAGUAGUCUUUUUUGGUCUUGGAUAAGCCGGUGUUUUCGCCCGGUUGUGGAGGUUGUUUGAAACCGAUGGGACGGCCGAGAGGCUUGGGUAUGAAGAUAUCUUCAUCUUUCGGGUCGGGGGUGGGGGUGGACUCGGUAGGUUUGCGGUCUGUCUGUGGUCGACGGAGGGUGCGCGCAGAGGUAAAAGCUCGAACGAGAGGUUGCUGCGCACUUGACGGAAUUGCUAGUCGGGUCUGGCAUCUUAGACAUAUAGAAGUAGUAUUGAGGAAUAUACGCCGCAGUGAUGUUCCUAACCGUGGUUGCAACAUUGUGUAU